AUGGGAAUACUUAGCAAAAAGUCCAAGGCCGCGGCUACUGGCGCUGUUUGCGCCUCGGCUGCUUGUGCCGUUGGUGCCACUGUCGUUCCCGAAAGCAUGAAAUUGACCAGUGUGAUGAAAGGCUUUCAUUGGAAUGAGGUUCCUCUGACUCCUGUCGAUUUCAAUGUUGGAAUUCAACUGUUGGCCGAACAAAAGGCCAACGAGGUUAUCCAAAAACAUACAGGCCCACACGGCUCCAUUGCCUUUGUGGUCCGUCGCCCCGGGGAUGAGUCACUAAAGUUUUACGAAGCCCUUGGAAAUAGAUCCAUUACCGAGCACGUCUUGUACAAUCCCUUCAAAGCCAUUUCGGCAUUGCGCCGCCACAUGAGCCGCCUGAAGGAAAAGAAGAUUGAAGGCAACCUGAAAGGAGAAGGCCUCAAGAGUGGCGGAUUGAUUAUAUUUGGAAAGGACGGAAGCCCCCAAUUCAUGGUUCCCGAGCAAACUGGAACUCCUUUUGACGAGGAUGAGCUAUUGGCUGCUUUGGAAACUGUUCGCAAGGGAGGAGGUGUCACAGAUGCUGGGGAACUAUAA